AUGUCGUUUGAUCUUGUUCGAAAACGUUUAACAAAGGAGUUAAAAUUACUAACAGAAAAUCCAACGCCGGGCAUACGAGUUGUUGACGAUGGUUCAGAUAUGCGAAAAAUUCGAAUCGAUAUCGAAGGCGCACCAGGAACGUUGUACGAUGGUGAAAAGUUUCAAUUACUAUUCAAAUUUUCUGAUCAGUAUCCAUUUGAUUCGCCACAAGUAACCUUCAUCGGAUCAAACAUUCCACUGCACCCUCAUAUCUAUUCAAAUGGGCAUAUAUGUUUGUCAAUUUUAACGGACGACUGGUCUCCUGCGCUAAGCAUCAAUGCUGUUUGUCUUAGUAUUUUAUCUAUGCUAUCAAGUUGCAAAGAUAAGAGUCGUCCACCUGACAAUGAUUGGUAUGUUCGUACAGCUUCAAAUGAUCCGAAAAAAACGCGCUGGUGGUAUCAUGACGACGCUAUGACAUCAGAACUGAUACUUGAGCAAAGCAUAAAAUCAUUUGAUGGUUAUCAAUGUGUCUUUAGUCAUGAUAGUUUUACGGUUGAUUGUCAAAUGAAAUUCGGUAUUUAUCUUCCAAAUAGAGCAGAUCAUGAAAGUCUACCAUUGCUUAUAUUUCUUUCUAAUUCCGAAUGUAAUGAGCAAAGUUUUAUUUUGAAAUCAGGCGUUCAAUGUUUAGCAUCGAAAUAUGGUUUCAUUGUUGCGAAUCCAGAUACGACUCCUCGCGGUUGCAAUUCGGAAAACGAAGGGGAAGGAUUUUGUAUUGAUGCUACGGAAAGUCCAUGGGAUAAAAACUAUCAGAUGUUUUCGUAUAUCAAUGAUGAGUUUUAUGACUUAGUUUUAAGUCAUUUCAAUGUUGAUAUCGAUCGAAUUGGAAUAUUAGGGCAUGGAGUCGGUGGUCACGGUGCAUUGAUAAGUUAUUUUAAACGUCCUGGUCAGUAUAAAUCAAUAUCAGCUUUAGCACCUCUAUGUAACCCAACAAAAUGUCAAAACGGUAGACAGACAUUCGUGAAAUUCCUAGGAGAAAAUGAAACUCUUUGGAAAGACUACGAUGUUUGUGAACUUGUCCAAACAUAUCAAGGUCCAAUGCCACAUUCGCCUCUCUUAAUCGAUCAAAUUUCGGAUAACUACUCGUCGACAAACGAAUUUAUUCAUGGAUGUACUAUCGCAACAUUUCCAGUACGAUUACGUGAACAAACGGACUACGAUGACAAUUAUUACUUCAUCAUGACUUUCCUCGACGAUCAUUUUAAAUAUCAUCAAAACGAAUUUGAACAUUAA